AUGAAUUUCACGAAAACUUUAGAAUCAAGGUAUUAUACUGAAGUGAUUACUGAAAUUCGUACAAGAACUUUUUGGGUACCAAUUUUUGGAAAUGAAACAGAUUUAUCUGGAUUAUUUAAUACAUCAACUACCUUUUCAAUUACAAAUUCUAGUACCCUUGACGUAGGUUCUUCUUUACCUUUGCCAUCGACUACUUCAUUCUGGUAUCCAAUUACUGAAGUUGAAGGAAAUAAGAAUUUACCAUAUGUUUGUGAUGAUGGCGUUUUACAAAUUGGAAUUGUACCAACAACAACAACAACAACAGAGAUUCCAAUUAAUACUACGCCACCGGAAGAUUUUAAUAAUGAAACCAAUGACGAUAUUCAGAUUGAUUUUGAUGAUUUUAUUACUGAGAUUGAUUCUUCAACCUUAUCAGAACAUGGUUAUUAUAUUGAAACAAGAAGUUUGAUGGAAAUGGUAUCAAGUACGUUUACAUCUACCCAAACUUCAUUUACAAAUAUAUCAUCCUAUGAGCCAUCAAAAAUUCCCAAGAAUACUACAAAACCAAUUAAUUCCCUGGAAAUAAAGAAUUCGAAAUCAUAUAUCAAGAAACCUAGUAGUUCCACAACCAUUCUUAAUCAAAAGCCCAUUCCAAAAUUUACCAAAAGUAAAUUUAAUGGUCCAGUGAGAAAUAAUUGGAGUCAAUCAUAUAUGGCAGGAUCACCUAGAGCUUUAGGAGCUACCACAACAACAACCAUUAGUACUUUGUUAUUGGCUAUUUUUGUAUUGAUAGUAAUGUUCCAAUAA